AUGUAUAUGGUGGCACCUACAUUAGCUGAAGAGGAGAAAAUUCUGCCUUUACAAACUGUUUGCUUAUCCAACAAUAUUUCAGAAAUUGGAUAUCAGAGUGUCUAUUUUUUGCAAUGUCUCCAAUUCCUUUACGUUUUUAAUGGAAACGUGGGAACCGACUUUUUCUUCUUUGCUAUUGUGAUGCACAUUUGUGGACAAGUGGAAAUUCUCAGAAUAAAACUUUCAAAAAUUGCAAAAGACGAUUUUUAUAAUAUAGAAAAUGAGGAAGAAUUUGAUGACAGUAUUAAUAGUUUCAGGCGACGAAAUCUGGAUGAGAAGAAAUGUUUUGAUUGCAUGAAGUCUCUUAUUGAGAGACACAUAAAACUUUUAAAUUUGGCUAAUGAUGUGCAAAAUACUCUUUCCAUAACUCUUCUUGUACAACUCAGCACAAGUGUCGUUAUCAUGUGCAUUUUGGGGAUACAGACCUUACUUUUCUUACAAGUAGGUGACACAAUAUCAGCAGGAAGGACAACAAGUGGAUUUUUAAUUGUAGCGUUCGGACUCUUUCUCUACUGUUACAUGGGCGACUAUUUACAAUUUCAAUUCGAAAACGUUUCAGAAGCAGCUUACUUGUGUAACUGGUAUAACUUCUCGCCCAAAAUUAGCAGAAGUAUUAUACACAUUCAAAUGAGAGCAAAUCGUAUCAUAAAUCUAAGUGCAGCCAAAAUUUGUGAUAUGAAUUUUGAAAUGUUUAAAUCUGCUAUGAAAACGGCUAUAUCUUUCUUCUCCGUCAUGCGAAUGGUUUUGGAGAAUGAAGAAAAUACAAUAUAA